AUGCCUCAAACCACCAACCAGAACUCGAGAUGCAGGUACGGCUUCUCCCCUGACAUGGAUAACAGUCCCCUAAAAUCGCCAGGACUGGUGUACAAGGGAAAGGGGGAAAUUGUUGGCUUUUGGUUCGGAUCCAGUAGCAUCGCCGGAUUGGUUUGGCUUGAAGUCAAAGAGAUGCACGACGGUCAGAUCUCAUCCUCUAGAAUCCACGACCAUUACCGUCCGAGCGCGUCGUUGUCAUCUAAUUCUCCUCCAGCUGCAGUUGCAGUUGCUGUCUCGCCGCCCUGGGCUAUACAUGCGUACACAAACUCUAAUAAACCCGCUUCCGUACCGACUAAUUCUGGACCUAAUAAUCACUACUAUCGCGACCCGUCGAGAUCUGCGAAUUCACCAUCUCUAAACGCCUAUCAUCAUCACAAGCCCCCGGGACCCCGGCUUCCUCGAACUUCUUCACUUCUCCCACCACCCCAUAUUGAGCCUUCACCAAGACCUGGGGCUUUCGAGAGUUCCGAUCGCUUAUCUCCCACUACUCCUGGGCACAGAGUCCCACACAACGCCGCCGACAGUUCGUGGUUAUUGAAUCGCCUGCCUUCUUCGACUGUAUCGCCGAAUUUCAGUCGUAUUUCGGCGCUACCUCCCCACGUUAAUCAUCCGCGAAUUGGUGGCCGCCCCAGUAUCGAUGCGACCACUUUCAUUGACAACUCUCCACCGCCUUCCAAACCAUCGCCUAGGAAACUCCAAAAGCAUCGCCGCAACGUCUCCUCCGUUUCUAACGUUGACGGUUUUACAUCGAACCCUCGAGAAGAGCGAAGUCAAUUGCCACAAUCUCUACCGUUGAUUGUCGCAUUAUCGCCCUUGGAGCCACCCCAAGGUUUAGACGAUUUUCUCAAUAUCAAAACUGAAGGGGCUGGCCCUGGUUCUGGUUUGGGUAGGCCUGGGCGCUCGACCGUCGCUCACCAGGAGGGACAGUCCCUGAAGCGCUCCAACACACCGGACUCUCCAGCCCAGUCCACGACAUCUACACCAGCGAGCGGGCGUUCAAUGGCUACUUACAGACCCAACAUGCCUUACGACAAGGAUCAAGAGGCAUACCCGCCUCAAAGAGGUCAUUCCAGGAAUCGAUCUGGUAAAGGGAGUACAGACAAAGGACGCGGAUCCAAACCGCCGUCACAAAAGGCCAUGCUACACCGUGCGUUACAAAAGGCCAAUACAGCAGUACAGUUGGAUAAUGCACAAAACUUUAAGGGGGCACGGGAAGCCUAUGCAGAAGCCUGUGAUCUCCUGCAGCAGGUUUUGCAGAAGACGACCGCCGAUGAGGAUAAGCGCAAGCUUGAAGCAAUUCGACGCACUUACACCAGUCGAAUCGACGAAUUGGACCAGAUGGCCCCUUGGCAAGAAGAAGAAACCAAAGCUCUGCCAGCCCGGCCCGAAAGUCUAGCUCAGCGCUCUGAGACCGAAUCUAUGUUACAAUUAGAUGACGACGACGACGACGAUGACCCCGACGAAGCCACUGUCUUUGACACCGCGACUGCGACUUCAACGAGAAUAAACAACCAUAGCCCGCAACCCCGGGUGGUCAACUCCCCGCCCCGAGAUGAAGAUGCUAGUUCUAAGAGACGAAGCGUGCAAAGUAAACCGAAGCCUAUUGUUACAACUCUUACCCCCGAGCCAGGACUCCUCCAAUCGUCUUUCUCGCGAUCACCUGUGCGCCUCCGAACUCCUGAACAUUUACUCCCACAGCGAUCUGCAAACCCGUAUAUGCCAGCCCCUUUAUCUCCUAGGCGCGCUCCAUCGCCAGUCAAGCCUGAAGUCGACGACAUGAACGAGCCCAUACGAUCUGACUUUUCCAUGCAUCAUGAUCAGCUGGUUGACUCAAUGCCCGAACGCAGCGUGCCACAUACACAUUUCCGCGACGACAGCAUGAACUCUUGGCUAGAUCCCAUCGACGAAUCAGGAGGGUCAACUUCAUCUUCCGUUCACUCACGAACUUCGUCACUUGGUUUCAGAAGGAAACAUAUUCGAAAUGUUAGCGGGGAAACCGAGGCUGAAUUUGACACUGCAUUAGAUGCAGCCAUCGAAGCGGCAUAUAACGACGGCUAUGAGCCGAUGAGUCCAACAGAUAACGGACAAGUGAUGCCAACGGAAGGAGGAGAGGACGUGGUAGCCAAUGCCAUGCGUAGAGUUGAACUGGCUCGCCAACGAGUUCGGGAAACAGAGCAGGAGCUUUAUGAUAUGGAGAGAGACUCACGAGCGCAACAGCAAUACCAGACCUCUUACACUGAGUAUGAGGAAACUAACGACUUUUACAACGACAACUCUUCAGAUGAGGAAGAGAGAAUCCUGGACGAGAUUGCUCGAGACUAUGGUCUUGAGUCGUACAGAAAUCGCCCUGCACCUCCAAGGGAAUCCGACUCUAGUGGCGUGACUUCGCGUACCUGGCAUAGUUCACAGGGCUCAAAUCCUCCGACAGGAGCUACUUCACUGUCAACUGUCACAGAACUACCACCUUUCACGAAUAUCGCACAUGGUCCGGCUGCGCCUCCACCGACGGGAUCUCUUCCCGAAUUGCCCCAACGACCAGGGUCGUCCGCGCAAAGCGUGCGCAAUAGGAGACUGUCAGGACAGAACCCGAAACAGCUUAAAAUUGAGACAUCCAAGCUCGCUCUGCCUAUUCAGCAAGCUGGUGAUUCAGGACAGACCAGAUCGGCUCAGGCUGGUCACCAGGGGUCAGAUACUCAAACCGACAUCGAUGCGAAAGCGACGGGUACAACUUAUAGACCACCUUCGCCUCCGUUAUUCGAGGCCAGUCCAACAGAUACAACGGCAGUUAGACCCACAGCAUCACCAUAUGGCCACCUAGGUUCAGAAAAGGGUGACGAUGACGUUACCGGCUCGCCAAAUACACGCAAACUGAGGAAGAACUUCUCGUCAUCCAGCCUGAGAAGUAUGAAAAGCCGCAAUAUGUCUUUAACCCAUCUCGAGGAAAGUUCAGAUAUGUCCCCUGGAACUCCUGGAAGCAAUCCUUUUGGGUCUCUUAAUGCACCAUCGGUUCCCGCACUGCCUACGCCUUUGGCAGCUUCCUUUCGCGAACGAUCAGAAACGAACGCAGCUGGGCUUUCUCUAUUUGACGACUUCUUCCAGUCUCCGACAAGCCCAGGCUCACCUAAUCCCCUUUAUCCGGACGCUCCUGCUCCCUUGGAACCCUGUCCUACCGAUUUUAUGCUCCGGCCGUUCUGGCUAAUGCGGUGCCUUUACCAAACCCUCGCUCAUCCAAAGGGUGGCUACAUCAGUAGCAAACUUUUCGUCUCCCGGGAUGUUUGGAGAGUGAAAGGAGUGAAGCUAAAGAACAUUGAGGAUAAGGUGGCCAAUUGCGAUUUUCUUACAGCUGCUUUGCUCAAAAUUGCCCAAGUAAAUACCUAUGAUGCCGAUGCCGUUCUAGAAGAAAUGCAGUCCCUGGAAGGCAUCUUAGAACAGGUUCAGACGGCGUUGACCCGCAAGCUUGGCAAUGAAGUGGGUGUGCAGGGAUCGGGAACUCUUUUCAAGGACGCAUCUACCGGCGAUGGCGAUACGACCACGGGCGUGCCACGUUCGGCCAGCGUUUCUGGGAAAUCGUCGUUUUCAUGGCGGCGCUUGCGUUCCAAGAACUCGGCAGUCGGACUUGGCAGCGCAUAUACAAGCAGGGGAACAGAGACGAAUAAGGAGAUACCCAGUCUCGCCAGCCUACCAAUGACACCAAACCCAACAAACCGGCCAACGAAGCGGGAUCUGGCACAGGUCCAAUUCACGGGCCCUAACGCGAUGUAUAUGAGCUCAUUGGCGCGCCUGUUUGAUGCAGCCCAAGCUAUUGAUCAAAUAGCCAGACAAGUAGAAGACCCUGGCUUGCGGCAUGCUGACAAGACCCAAGUUGGGCUUGAGCUUUGCACUAGACACGCCGCUGAAUUCUUUGGGUUUUAUAUAUGCCGAUUCGUUCUGGCAGACUUGGGACUGUUGCUCGACAAAUAUCUUAAGCGCGGCAGUGAAUGGGUUCUUACUUGA